AUGGUAUUUGACAAGGCUGUAGCAAAAAAAGAAACAAAAUGUCCAAUCUGUGAUAAAGAUUAUAAAGAAGAUGAACAAAUUGAUAUGACUAGUUGUGGGCAUUUUUACCAUACGGAUUGUAUUCUUAAAUGGUUUGAGACGGCCAAAAGUGACUUUAAAAAGUGCCCAACAUGUCGCCGUGCUCAACUGAAAAAUUUUGUACCUUCAGACAUUGAUAAAUUAAAUAAGAAGUUAAAGGAAGUUGGUGUCGAAUUUAAGAAAAAAAUAAAUAUUCGAUCGAAAUUGUCAAAUGCUCAGAUACAAUUACUCAUUCAAUUAGGCUACUCAAUCGAGUAA